AAUCCCUUUGCUGCCGGCAGGAAGUGAAAGAGGAGACCGGCUUUGCAAGCCCUGUGAGAGCUCUCUCCCGAGAGGUUGAAAAAACGCCGGUCCGGUUUUCCUGGAUUCAAGGGAGCAGAAGAUAGAGCAUAUCAUGCUGUGCUGCCCUCAUCCAACGCCCACUGAAUCAAUCGUGUGAAGUCAUACGCUGGAGUCCCUACAGGGCAACUUCCAGCUGUCUGUGAAUCCAGUUCCAGGAUAUCUGAUGUCCUGUUCUGAACCCCCACAGGCACCAGGCUUGCAUGCACAGACAUUACAUGCAGAAUGAAUACUCUGAAGAAAAGGUAUGGGACCUGCUGCUACCUCAAGCUCAUUGUCUGAAGAGAAGGUCCUUGCAGUUGCACAAUUUGCCAGUGUGUCAGCUACACCUGUUCCAUCAAGCACUGUGCAGUCCAUACUGUAAAGUCAAAGACUCAAAGUACAUUGCUCACAUACAUACAUGCGUGUAGGCAUGCAGCCUGGCCACCUCCUGGAAUCCCACCCCUUUGCUACAGAAACCAGUGUCUGCUGUCCUCUUUUCCUCCCAUCCCUGAGGAAGAAACAGCCUUUCCAAACUUGAGUGGCCUGAAAUCUUUGACUUAGAAUGGGUCAAAUAACCUCUGGCUCCAUCUUCUAAAGCCUAGGUCAGGUUAGUAUGGUGCAAGUGACCAUCCCAGACAGUUUCGUGAAUGUGACUGUUGGAUCUAAUGUCACUCUGCUCUGCCUCUAUACCACCACUGUGACGUCCCUGGACAAGCUCACAGUCCAAUGGUCUUUCUUCCACAAUAAGGACAUGGAGCCAAUUUCUCAUGGCUCGCGCCCCAAUACUGAGGGUAUGGAGGAAAAGGCAGUCAGUCAGUGUCUAAAAGUGGCGCAUGCAAGAGACGCUCGGGGAAGAUGUAGCUGGACCUCUCAGAUUUACUACUAUGAAGGUGGACAAGCUUCUGCUAUUGGGCAAUUCAAGGAUCGAAUUAUAGGGUCUGCUAAUCCAGGGAAUGCAUCGAUCACCAUAUUGCAUAUGCAACCAGCGGACAGUGGAGUUUACAUCUGUGAUGUCAACAAUCCUCCAGAUUUUGACGGCAAAAACCAAGGCAUUCUUGCUGUCAGUGUGUUAGUCAAACCUUCCAAGCCCUUUUGUACUAUCCAAGGAAGACCAGAAGCCGGCCACCCGAUCUCCUUGUCUUGCCUUUCUGCUGUUGGAACACCGUCCCCUGUGUAUUACUGGUAUAAGAUUGAGGGAAACACCAUUGUGCCAGUAAAGGAAAGCUUCAACUCGGCCACUGGAGUUUUGGUUAUCGGAAAUCUGACAAAUUUUAAGCAAGGUUAUUAUCAGUGUACUGCCAUCAACAGUCUCGGCAAUAGUUCCUGUGAAAUUGACUUGACCUCUUCACAUCCAGAAGUCGGGAUCAUCAUUGGGGCCUUGAUUGGCGCCCUGAUAGGCGCCGCUGUCAUCAUCUGUGUGGUGUACUUUGCACGGAACAAAGUUAAGUCCAAGCAAAGGAAGAGGAACUUAAACCCCAGCACGGAACUUGAGCCAAUGACAAAGGCAAGCCAUUCCCAAGACAAUGAAGUCAUUCCAUCUGAAGAGAUCCAGCUAGAAGCAACUCUGCCAUCUUCCAUCCGUGGUGCCCCAGGCCACCGAACUCCUACUGCCAUCUCAGGGCCAGAAUAUGAGCCUGACCCCCAGCUUGAAACCGCCACACAGCCUGACCCUGAAUCAGAGCCUAUUCCAGUGCCCGAGAUGGAGAUUCAGUUGGAGCCAGAGCCAGAGCCAGAGCCUGAGCCUGAGCCUGAGCCUCAGCCUGGAAUAUAGUUGAGCCCCUGCGCAAGGAGGGGGAAGGAUUCCUUUAAGGCAUAGGCGUAGAGAGGUGCUGCCUUAAGUCUGGCAGUUCUCACUUAUGAACCCAUUCCUGGCCUUUAAGGUUUAGUGGACUUAACCAGCCCCCAGUUUGUCCUUCCAUCGUGGGAAACCCUCAUCUAACAACACGCUCAUCAUACUCACCAUUAGUUCAAAUAAUAAACCAAGGCAACUACUAAAGAAA